GGCAGUUCACUGUCGAAGUCGGAGUAUACCGUGAUCAACCUAGGUCAUGAGGACGGGCCGCCUAGGCUGGUGAGCUGCGUCAAGUCCUCGCAAGGCUUCGAUUGGAAUCAAGAGCUCUUCCUCCCUUCGUACGUUCAUUUCGAUGCACAAGAUCUGGAGCACAGACCGGAUCCUGUACACGACAUCAUCUUAACUGACGAGCAAGCUGCGGAUUUGCUACCACGAUAA